GUCGCAGCCGGAUGCCGGCGCGGAAGGACGGAGCUGUGGGGGCUGCGGCGGGAGGCCGAGAGGCGGCGGCCUGAAGAGACGGAGAGCGCCCCCCCCGCCCCGAAAUACCCGAUCCUCUGGCCUAGGGACCUCCAGCAGCGCGAGGGCUUGGACCUUUCCUCUUUUUUAUCCCCUUCUUAGCCCUGUUUUUUGGGGGGGAGGUGGAGGGGGCUGGGUAGACCCCCCCCGGCUGUUAAGGAGGUGAGGGCAAGGAUGUAAGAGGCCAUGAGGAGGGACCCCUGAGGGGGGCUACAUCCCCCCAUUCCUUUUAGCCCCCAAUUAAAAGGCCUUACAUUGACCUCUUUAUCUCUCCCCCCCCCAAAUUUGGAAGGCUCUAAUGUUUUCCUUCCUCCCUUAAGAGGCUUUUAUCCCCCCACCCGCCCAGAUCCCCCUUCAGGGAGAGUGUCAGCAGCAACAAGACCCCCAGGGACCUUGUCAGCCCCUCCCCCAGUUUACAGGUGUCUUAAUCUCUUGCCCCAUUUUAAAGGGUCUGCCCCCCCACCCCAGGGGAAAUUGCCUACCCCCACCAGCCUCCUGUAGGGUGAUUGCCCUUGCCCCCCUUCAGAGGGGUCUCUUUCCCUCCCCAGAACCCCACUCAGGGAGACUGCACCCCCGCCAAACCUUGGGGUGGGCUGGAUUUCUGAGGCUUCCUUGACCUCUUCCUUUCCCUGCCCCAUUUUCAGAAGAAAAACAGAGAUCCCUUUUUGCAGGGACACCUGAAUUGCCUCCUUUCCCCUUUAAAGGUGCUAUAGCCCCCCCCAUGCCAGAUAGCCUUAACACGCGCAUGCAGCACCUUUAUCCAGUGGCCUCCUUGAUCACAGGGCCCUUGCCUUUAACUACCAUUAUUAUUGCCACUAUUAUUAUUAUUAUUUCCAAAGCACCAAAAGAGAUCCAAGGGGGGCCCUUUCUCCUGCUCCAGCCGGCUGGGCGCCCCCUCCCUGCCAAGGAGGCUUGAUCUCCCCCCCCCGCCUUGUCCCACCCUCCUUUCCUCCCGUCCCCCAUGCCAGAAAACGCCCAUCGCCUUUGGGAAGCCGGAGCGGUCAGCCAGUAUCCCCCCACGCCUUUUGCCUGGGGGGGCGGCCUGCACUUCCCUCAGCAGUAUGCCGGCUGCUGCCCCCCCCUUCCGCGGGGGCUGCCAGGACAGAGAGACGGAUUGCCCCUCCUGCUGGCCUACUGGCCUGGGUGCUGAUGUGAGUUUGGGUUAGCCUUCAGCGGCAGGCCCCCCGCCCCGUCCCCCCAGCUCCUCUCCCUUUAUCCUGCCCCCCCAUCUCCCAAACUGAAGGGCUUCAUGCCCCCCUGGGGACGAUGGAGGCGGUGGGGGAUUUUGAAUACAGCAAGAAGGAUCUCAUAGGACACGGAGCCUUUGCUGUUGUCUUCAAAGGUCGCCACCGCAAGAAAACUGAUUGGGAAGUGGCCAUCAAAAGCAUUAACAAAAAGAACUUGUCGAAGUCUCAGAUUCUGCUGGGGAAAGAGAUAAAGAUUUUAAAGGAGCUGCAGCAUGAGAAUAUCGUCGCGCUCUAUGAUGUCCAGGAGAUGCCCAACUCUGUCUUUCUGGUAAUGGAGUACUGCAACGGUGGAGACCUGGCCGAUUACUUACAAGCAAAAGGGACGCUCAGCGAGGACACCAUCCGCCUCUUCCUGCAGCAGAUUGCGGCCGCCCUGCGCAUCCUCCACAGCAAGGGGAUCAUCCACCGGGACCUCAAGCCACAGAACAUCCUCCUGUCAUACGCCAACCGAAGGAAGUCGAGCGUCUCCGGCAUACGCAUCAAGAUAGCUGACUUUGGCUUUGCCCGUUACCUCCAGAGCAACAUGAUGGCCGCCACGCUCUGUGGCUCCCCCAUGUACAUGGCUCCUGAGGUGAUCAUGUCGCAGCACUACGACGCCAAGGCCGACCUGUGGAGCAUCGGGACGGUGAUCUAUCAGUGCCUGGUUGGAAAGCCGCCGUUUCAGGCCAAUAGUCCUCAAGAUCUGAGAAUGUUUUAUGAGAAGAACCGGAAUCUGAUCCCUAGUGUCCCCAGGGAAACGUCGGCCUACUUGGCCGACCUUCUGUUGGGCUUGCUUCAGAGGAACCAGAAAGAUAGGAUGGACUUUGAGACGUUCUUCAGCCACCCUUUCCUCGAUCAGGUUUCGACCGUCAAAAAGUCAUGCCCCGUGCCAGUGCCGACAUACGCAGGCUCCGUCUCGGGCAGUUCCUGUGGUAGCUCUCCCUCCUGCCGGUUUGCUUCUCCCCCACUCGCAGAAAUGCAGCACAUCCAAGAGGACAACCUCUCCUCCCCUCCCUUGGGACCUCCGAACUACCUUCAGGUGUCCAAAGAUUCCGCCAGCACCAGUAGCAAGAACUCCUCUUGUGACACCGACGACUUUGUUCUGGUCCCGCACAACAUCUCUUCGGACCAGUCAUAUGACCUGCCUCUGGCAGCUGCUGGCCGGCGGGCCUCGAGCGAAUUCCUGUUGUGUGGCGGGCAGGGCCAGCCGUCGUUCUCCCCCCGCAGCGAGACGGCCCCCAUCCCGGUCCCCACUCAGCUCCGCAACUACCAGCGCAUCGAGCAGAACCUGACCUCCGCCGCCAGCCCCGGGUCGAACCCCCACGGGUCGCCGAGAUCUGCCGUGGUGAGGCGUUCCAAUACGAGCCCCAUGGGCUUCUUGAAGACCGGCUCCUGCUCUCCGGUGCCUGCGGACGCCGUGCAGGCCGCUGGGCGUAGGCUGUCCACCGGCUCCUCGAGGCCAUAUUCCCCUUCGCCACUCGUGGGCACCAUCCCUGAGCAGCUGGGGCACUGCUGUUGCGGGCAGCCGCAGGGCCACGAGUCGAGGAGCCGCAGUGCUUCAGGCUCCCCGGCCCCACAGUCUCAGUCCCCACAGUCGCUGCUGAUGGGAGCCCGGCUCCAGAGCACCCCCACCCUGACGGACAUCUACCAGAACAAGCAGAAGCUCCGGAAGCAGCACUCGGACCCCGUCUGCCCCUCCUACGCCGGCUACGGCCACUCGCCUCAGCCCGCCCGGCCGGUCAGCCUGGGCACCUCGCCCACCAAGCACAUGGGGUCCUCGCCCAGGAGCUCCGAUUGGCUCUUCAAAACCCCGCUGCCGACAAUCAUUGGCUCUCCCACCAAGGCAGCUGCUCCUUUCAAGAUCCCCAAAACCCAAGCGUCGUCCAACUUGGUGGGCCUGGUCAGUCGCCCGGGGCCAGCCGAGGCCCUGCUGCAGCCGGCAAAAGACCUGGGCGAGGCGCGGGAGUUCUCCCACUUCCACGUGGCGGCGGCGCAGGGGGGCGAGAGGCCGCCGGCAGCCGAGCCGCACGGGAAGGCGGCCUUUGGCAGGUCCGUGAGUACCGGCAAGCUGUCGGACCAGCAGGCCAAGGUGGCUCUCGGAGGCCAGCUCUACCAGGGCAGCACGGACAGCCUCAAUGCCGAGCGGCCGAUGGAUACAGCGCCCCCCGGGGCCUGUGGCAUCACCGUGGCGCCUCCGCCCGUGGGAGGCGGCCUGAGUUCGCGGGCGGUGAUGUUCACCGUCGGAUCCCCUCCGAACAGCGCCACCCCGCCCGCCUGCACCCACAUGGUCCUCCGGGCGAGAACGACCUCAGUGGGCUCCAACAGUUCAGGCGGGUCUCUCUGCUCCACCAGCGGCCGCGUCUUCAUAGGCUCCCCCCCUGGGGUCUACCUGGGUUCGUCUCCUCCCGGAGCGGAGGCCUCUCCUUGCCUGAAGUACAUGCCUUAUGGUACUUCGCCCCCCAGCUUGGAGGGGUUUAUCACGUUCGAAGCCCCCGAACUGCCGGAGGAAACCUUGAUGGAGCGAGAGCACACGGACACGCUUCGCCACCUGAAUCUGAUGCUGGCCUUCACCGAGUGCGUGCUGGACCUGACCGCCGUCCGGGGCGGCAACCCAGAGCUGUGCACCUCGGCGGUGUCUCUGUAUCAAAUCCAGGAGAGCGUCGUUGUCGACCAGAUCAGCCAGCUGAGCAGGGACUGGGGGCAAGUUGAGCAACUCGUCUUGUACAUGAAAGCGGCCCAGUUGCUGGCGUCCUCCUUGCAUUUGGCCAAAGCUCAGAUCAAGUCAGCGAAACUGAACCUCUCGACGGCCGUGAAGCAAGUUGUCAAGAACCUGAACGAGAGAUACAAAUUCUGCAUCGCCAUGUGCAAGAAGCUGACCGAAAAGCUGAACCAGUUCUUCUCCGACAAGCAGAGGUUCGUGGACGAGAUCAACAGCGUCACAGCCGAGAAGCUCAUCUACAGCUGUGCUGUUGAAAUGGUGCAGGCGGCAGCCCUGGACGAGAUGUUUCAGCAGACGGAAGACAUCGCCUUCCGCUACCACAAGGCGGCUCUGCUGCUCGAAGGCCUCGCGAAGAUCUUGCAGGACCCCGCUGACAUAGAAAACAUCAACAAAUACAAAUCUAGCAUUGAACGGAGGCUCUCGGCUCUCUGCUACAGCGCAGUGGCUGUUUACGAACAGUAGGAGAUUCGCACCCGGGACCACUCAGUGGAGACUCCGCUGCAGCCAAAUUGCUGCCUUCCCCCCACCCCACCCCACCCCACCCAAGGGGUGCUGGAUCUUAAACUUCUGUGGUUGUCUACCAAAGAAAAGCGCAGUCAAAUCCGAGAGGGGAAGAAAUCCAACAUGACCUUGACGGAGACUUGCCUUACGAGUGAUCGUCUUUCCCUCUUCCUUUGUCCUUCUUGGCCAGCUGGGUGGGAAAGGCUUGUGUCAGCGUUUCCAGGAGAACUCCCUUCGUCGGGACAGUGGGUUCACUUUACUUUUUUCUUACGAGGGCAAGACGUGAAAAAUAGAGCUCUGAAAAGCCUGCCUGUUUGGAACAAGACUUGUGGGAUGAAGAGGAGGAGAGCAUCCCCCCCCCCAAAAAAAACCCCCUGUGUCUUUGAGAAGCUGUUCAGACGAUCCGGUAUGCCACUCUUCACGCCAUCGAGGAAGGGAGGAAACUGUACCUUGAAAAAACAAAAACACACACUGGGAGAUAAUGAACCUGGGGGCUAUCUUCUUCCCCCCCCCGACCCUUUUUGGGGCGCAGUCUGUUCAGAAUCCCUCAGUCAAAUUUUAGUGGUCAGUGUGUGGGUGAAUAAACCCUGCUGUUCUCUUUGACCCGAUGCCCUGCCCCAAACCACUUUUGAUUGCACUAAUUUACUAAAGUAACUGCGUGCUUGUUUUUGAAAUCCCGUUAACUUACAAGAAAAAGGCACAACAAUGAACUCUUGUCCGGGGAGGGUUGGGACACCGUUUCAUUUCACUGUAUGCGUUUUAAAACACACACACACACAACAGCACACCAGUAAACCAAACUUUUCCAGAACUUCAGAUGCAGCUUCUUAAGAGGCGUACAGACACAGCGGCACAGACGCGUCUUGGUGUGGGCCUUCGCGUUCUGUAGCCAUUUGUCUCAGGCGGACCCUCUUGAGAACAUUCGGAAGCGGACGGUGACUAGUCCUCUCUCCCUCCAGUCCUGUACAGACGUUUGGUUGCUUAGCUCUGUCGUUGCAUGUAGCGCUGCCUCCUUGCCUGCUGUGCGUGUCGUCUUAGACCCUGGAUGCUGGGUUGUUUUCUCCCAAACUGUAUUAGUAGACAGGCCUGCCGGGUCAAGCGGCCCCUUAGACAAAGGUCCCUUGGAGACACCGCGAAUUCGGAAUCUGGAAGUGGUGGAGUGAACUUUCCUCAUCUUUUGAGCCACGUAGGGGAAACGGAGGUGGUUUCCUUGUGGCUUUUAGGGAGAGAUGGAGAAGCCCGUCCUUGCUUCCAGCUCUCCCUUAGUUCCAGCUAGCCCUUCUGGUUCUUCUGCAACUCGUGAAGUGUCGUGGGAGACUUAAUUUCUCGGGAAAUGGUUUCUCUUAAACGCAAGAGAUGUUCUUUCUUCCAUUUUGUUUUUUUCAAACCAUAAUUCAGCUGCGUGAACACUUGAAUACACACCUUCAGAUGGAAAUCAUUUCGAACCUUAUUUUUCUACUGGUCAAGCCUCCCCCACAGGGAGGGCGUCAACAUUCACACACCAUCCGUUUUCAUGGACUGAUGAUAAACCCCGUGUGUGUGUGUGUUGGUCUCCCCACCCCUUUUUAUUUUAUUUUUAUGCUUUGACAAAGUAAUGUACUUUUUACCUUAUUUAUCUGUACGAGAAAUUCCAGCAGUUAAUUUGAAAGUGUUUUUAUUUAUACAAUGUUUGUAUUUUUAGGUCUUUAAUACAGUGUUUCUACUACCUCUGCUUUGUAACUGCAUGCAUUUAUUCUUGACCCUUAGUGUAAUAACUGAAGAAAAGAAAAAGAUAUCCUGUUGCAUAAUUUUUAUUAUGGCCUGUAUAAAUGUAUAUUAAGGUUAAAAGAAAAUAAACUGCUACUCAAAGUGUUUCUGGGGUAUAACCUGGA